AUGCCGUCAUUGGAUAGCUUGUUGGAUUUUGUUUCUCGACGGUGUAAAAUAUUAGAAAACAUCGGGACUACUGCGGAUAAAGUAGAACAAAAUUUCAAGGUUGUGGCUAAGAAAGGCAAGGGUGGUGCACCCGGGAAAUAUUCACUAGCUACGACUUCGAGCGGUGUAAAGUGCAUAUUUUGUGAACAAGAUCACCCACUUUAUCGUUGUGGAGCAUUUAAACAAAAAUCGGUCGCGGCAAGAAGGAAGUUUGUCAGCGGUAACAGUGUGUGCUCAAUGCUUAAAGUCAGGACACGCAGCGAAAUCGUGUACGUCAGGUUUUAA